AGGUCUUCGAUGACUUACGACUUCACUCGGGUGACUCAAGAGUUCUCCGAUGAUGUUCCCGAGGAAGCUCCACGAGGCAAAGCUCCUACUUUGAGCAGAGCGUCUAGCUUUGAUUCCAUUGAUGAGGAUGCCCCUCUCAACGACUACUAUUCAUCAGAGGAACUUGACAAACUGAGCAACUGUUUGAGCGAGGUGUCAUCAGAUCCAGGCAAGGAACUCUCCACUUCGGUUUUGUACGAUGUUUUUCAAGCUCUGGUAGCACUUUGGACCUGUGUGUUCUCUCUUCUCUACUCUUACGCAUGGCGUCAGCACAGGAAGAAGUUUAUCAUGAGCAUUUUCUUCGUCGUUCCAACGGUGUUCACGGUGUGCUGUGUGAUUUCUGGUCUGCUUGCAACUAUGGUCAUCCUGGGUAGGAUGUUCAGCACCCCAAUCGCUUAUAAGGACUUCUUGAACAUGAGAGAAGAGAUGCUAAAUCAUCAGGACUUGGUCGAUUCUGUGAAAAGACAGAGAUCGUUUUCUGGAGCGUCGUCGAUAUCCGUCACUUCCGAAGACUAUCUUCCAAAGCCUCUGUGCCGACGACAUUCAGCCAGUUAUACGAGCCUCUGCUCAAGACCACCGAGUGUAAAUCGAAAAUACAGCUAUGCCUAUACGCAUUACAAUGCUUGCGACUCCGAUGAAGACGAGCAAAGUUCGCAGUAAACCCUGCUUUCGGCUCGCUUGCUGUUUGUAUUUAUUUUUUCUAAGCAUUCUCAAUGUAAUCCAUUCUCCUCAGUGCAUUUCUACUCAUCGACUACCUUAUGACUGUUUUGCUCAAUUUACACUUUUUUAAUAUCCGUCAGCAACGACCACCAUGUUCAUAUCGUUCUCUGUAAAGUUAUCCUCUCGUAGUAGUUUAUUACGGG